AUGCUGGUGGCCGAGGAUGAACGGCCUGUGGAUGCUACCAAGCAAGCUGAAGCAGGAGAGAAAGAACCACCUACAGCCCAGACCGUCGAGACCGACGAUGAGAGCAUCUCCUCCCAGGAUCAGACUGGUAUUCGAAUGAUUGAGGCGACGACAAAAGUAUGGAGUACGUCGAAUCUGGUGAUGGCCUAUGUAAUGAUUUGGAUCAUCGCGUUUGUCGACACAAUGCAGCAAGGAAUGUCGGGCUCAUUGACUCCAUAUGUCACGAGCAGCUUCAACGAACACUCAUUGACGGCAGCAACAUCCAUCAUGUCAGGAAUCAUUGGCGGCCUCUUCAAGUUGCCUCUGGCUAAGAUACUGGAUAUCUGGGGACGACCUCAGGGCUUUGCUUUAAUGAUGGUCGUGCUGACGAUAGGCCUGGUUAUGAUGGCUGGAUGUAACAACGUGAAAACGUAUGCUGCGGCACAGGUUUUCUAUUGGGUUGGGUAUAACGGCAUGACCUACACUAUAUCAAUCUUCAUCGCUGAUACUUCCUCUCUCAAAAAUCGAGGACUCAUGCUGGCGUAUGUCGGUUCACCUUACAUCGCGACAGUCUGGAUCGGAGGACCACUAGCAACUGCCUUCUUGAACGGCCCAGGAUUCCGCUGGGGUUUCGGUGCUUUUGCUAUCAUCACUCCAGUCAUCACGUCGCCGUUGCUUGCCUUGUUUACCUGGAACUACCUAAAGGCCAAAAAGGCUGGUCUGUUGCCGCCCAAAGUUGACGAAAACCGCAGCGUUCUCCAGUCGCUUAAGCACUAUGCUAUCGAGUUCGACGUCAUCGGUAUCAUUCUUCUCAGCGGAGGACUGGCCUUGUUCUUGUUGCCGUUCAGUCUAUACUCCUAUCAAGCAGACGGAUGGCGGUCCUCCAUGAUCAUCUGCAUGAUCAUCUUCGGUGGCCUCCUUAUCAUCACCUUCGCCGUCUACGAACGCUUCUGGUCUCCUAGAUGCUUCAUCCCAUUCCACCUCCUCACUGACAGAACCGUGUUGGGGGCCUGCAUAUUAGCGGCUACGUUAUUUGUCAGCUUCUACAUCUGGGACACGUACUUCUCCUCCUUCCUGCAGGUCGUCAACGACCUCUCCAUCACACAAGCAAGCUACAUCGGCAACAUCUACAGCAUAGGGUCCUGCUUCUGGUCUCUUGUUGUCGGUGUGCUGAUCCGGUGGAGUGGCCGGUUCAAGUGGCUCGCACUGUACUUCGGUGUACCGCUCACCAUCCUCGGUGUCGGGCUCAUGGUGCAUUUUCGGCAACCCGACGUCAACAUCGGAUACAUCAUCAUGUGCCAGAUCUUCAUCGCCUUUGCGGGCGGGACCCUCGUCAUUUGCGAACAGAUGGCGGCCAUGGCGGCUGUCUCGCAUCAGUACAUCGCCGUCGUGAUGGCCGUCGAGUCCAUGUUCAGUAGUAUCGGCGGCGCGGUGGGCUCGACCAUCGCAGCAGCCAUCUGGACGGGCGUCUUUCCCAAAAGACUGACCGAGUAUCUGCCCGAAGAAGAGCAGGGCAAUCUCACCCAAAUCUACGGAAGUCUGCCCGUGCAAAGGUCAUAUCCGGUGGGCAGUCCCGCGCGAAUCGCUAUCAAUCGUGCGUACGGCGAGAGCCAAAAAGUGAUGUUGAUCGCUGCGACGGUAAUUCUGGUGAUUGCGAUUGGUGCGACGGUUGUUUGGAGGGAUAUCAAGGUGAAAGACUUUAAGCAGGUCAAGGGUCGGGUUGUUUAG